AUGUCUUGGCUCGCGGGGUCUGGCAAGCUCUCGGAUGAGGAAAACGACAACCUUGGCGUGGAUUGGGUGCUGCAGUAUGAAUUCGGCGAUCUCGGUACGAUCGACCUCCCCAGCAUGGCACUGCCAGAUGGCAGCAACCGGCAUUCCUUUUCUCCUCUGGCUCCUCUGUAUCAGACGAACGCUGUCUCGGAAUUUCGAGCGUUAAUUCACGACCUGAGCGAAGCUGGCCUGAGCGUACAGGUCCGCCAUGGCCAUGGAUCCUCCUUGCUAAUUUGUAUUCGCAUUCCCCGGGAUCAUCUGGGUAAGAUGAUACAUCAGUCAAGAAUCAAAGACUGGCUUUUUGGAAUUACACAUACGCUCCCCGCCGGCGACGAGGACACUGCCGCCACCGCCGAAACCUCCGCCGAGGAGCUGCGGUCCGUCUACCACGCCGUCACCUGGCAAAAGAAGCUCGGCGGCGCCGGUAUCACGCCCAAUUUCGGCAAGUGGAAGAACGUCACCGCCUCGUUCCCGCUCCACGACCAAGACGCCUGCUCCGAAUUACUGCGCAAAUGGAGCCGCAAAACGAUCUUGUCGACCCAGGACCUAGAUGCGAUCCGUGCGCUUUUUGGAGAAAAGGUUGCAUUUUACUACGCCUUCAUUCACUGCUACUCCCUCUUUCUCAUUGUCCCCGCGACUCUCGGUAUCGUGGGCUGGCUCUAUCUCGGGCCAUAUUCGAUCAUCUAUGGUAGUGCACUAUGUAUCUGGUGCGUGGUGUUUGUUGAGUACUGGAAGAUCCGCGAGUCAGAUCUCAGUCUGCGGUGGGGAGUGAAGGGAGUGGGCCGGCUGAAGGUGAACCGGACGCAGUACAUUUGGGAGAAAGAAGUAAAAGACCCAAUUACAGGGCAAGUCACGCAUGUUUUCCCUGGGUGGAAGCAAUUUACACGGCAGCUAUUGCUGAUCCCUUUUGCCUCGGUUGCAAGCCUGGCACUGGGUAGUCUGAUCUGCUUCUCGUUCGCGGGUGAGGUGUUCAUCUCGGAGGUGUACAAUGGCCCCCUCAAGGAGUAUCUCGAGUUUGCGCCUACAAUCUUGUUUUCGCUCUCGCUCCCCGCUAUCACCUCCUUUUUGACAAAUAUGGCGACCCGUUUGACUGAUUAUGAGAACUACCGGACCCAGGACUUGUAUGACCUGGCCCAAACGCAGAAGACCUUUGUGAUGAACUUCAUCACAGCUUUCUUGCCGACUAUCUUGACAGCAUAUAUCUAUGUCCCGUUCGGCAAGUCCAUCGUUCCAUACCUGGAUAUCCUCCACCGAACCAGUCGCAAUGGGGAUAUGGCCAGUACCAACAAGGAGUUCGAGGUGGACACGUCCCGUUUCCAGCAAGAGGUCAUCUACCUCUCCAUGACCGCACAGGUUCUCAACUUUGGCGAGGAGAUCGUCCUUCCCUAUGUAAAGCAUGUUCUCUGGCAGAAAUGGCGAAACUACCGUGACCGGCAGGCUGGCUUGAAGCGUCAACGCAGCUUCUCGAAGGCUACUGACCUAUUGCUCAUCGAUUCUCCCGAUGAGGCCCAUUUUUUGCGCCGAGUCCGUGGCGAAGCCGACGCUGACGAGUACAAAGUCGAAGAGGACAUCUUAGAGAUGUGCGUACAGUUCGGGUACCUCGCACUUUUCGGCGUCGCAUGGCCGCUUGUACCGCUCGGGUUCCUCCUCAACAACUGGAUUGAGCUUCGCGGCGACUUUUUCAAGCUGACCCUCGAAUGCCAGCGGCCACCGCCCAUCCGUGCCGACUCCAUCGGGCCCUGUCUACUAGGCCUUGACUUUCUUGCAUGGAUGGGUACGCUUUCAACCGCUGCGAUCGUGCACCUCUACCGUGGGCCCAUGUCAGAAGUUCGCCUCUCCUCUCUGCUCGUCACCAUCCUCAUCGCCGAGCAGGCGUACCUUGCCAUGCGCUUCACAGCCUCCACUGCUCUACAGAAAAUAUUUUCUGAUACGCUCCGCAAUGAAGAAGCUCAGCGCUACGCCGUGCGGAAGGCCUUCCACGACGCGAGCGUCGCCCGCGCGGGCUCACCCGAGUUAUCACCUGGCGCGCGGGUCCGCCAGCGCGUGCGCUUCCACGAGCGCGUCAAUGUAUACAGCAGCGAUAGUGCGCCAUCUCCAGACGGGUCACCGUCUCCGACCAUCGAGCAGCCACAGGAUGAGGUGCUGCGUGGCUGUGACCGGGAGACAGAGUUCUGGAGCGGGCCGUUGGACGAGACAGUUGACGCGGGCGUCAAACUCAUCCGGGCGUUGAGCGCGCAGAAAGGCGGGCAGUCGGAAUCAAAGUGGGCGAAAAAUGCAUAG